AUGCCUCAUCAUAAAAAGGAAAAGAAGAAAGAGAAACUAGCUAUUGUGAAGAGAGUAUCAGCUCAGACAGGCUUAUCUACAUAUACAACCGAACCAUUACAUGAGCCCGACCUUACAAUAAUAGGAAGUACAGAACAGGGAUUUUUGUUGCUAGAGAGGAUAGGCCAGGGACACUUUGGUACAGUAUUUAAAUGCCAGAAAGAAAAUUGGUCUGAAGUCGUGGCAGUAAAAGCACUCAAAGGAGAUGGGACAAGCAAAACACAACAAAAGCAGUUAAAUGAGUGGGAAACAAUGAGAAAAAUUGGGAGACAUGAAAACAUUGAUUUAGAACUCUUGUUUUCUUUGACUACAUAUGAAGCUGCAAAAGAAUGUGUGAGUCAGGCAAAAUCUAUUAUAAGACCACAAAAUGUUUUGCUAAUGAGUGUCAGCACAUUAGGACUUAGGAUUGCAGAUUUUAGAGUAACAUAUUAA